GCCAUGGCUCCCGAGGCAAGCCCAGAGAGAAGCUGCUCCCUCCACACCUGUCCCCUUGAAGACCCAACCGGUGCUCCGGUACCACCACCAACAGUUUCCACGCUCCAGGCUAUAGACCCAACCAGUCCGUUAACAGCUGGCCAUUUUGCCUUUCCUCGAGCGCCUCAAGACUAUCAAGAAGGAAGUUCGUUACUGGGAUUAGGAGAUCAAGCAUCUCUAUGUGCCCAUGUCUCCAACCUCAGCACUUCCAUAGACCCCUCUCAGCAUGAUGGGGUCUGGAAGCCACAUUCUGUGCAGCACCAUGUGGUCAGUGUCAGGCAGGAACGCACUUUCCGGAUGCCAAAGAGUUAUUCUCAUCUGAUUGCUGAGUGGCCAAUGGCUGUGCUCCUGGGGUGUCUGGCCUUCAUCUUUCUCUGUACCCUAGCUGGGCUGUUGGGAAGCCCACCGCUUGACUUUUCUGAACCUAUACUGGGUUUUGAGCCUCGAGACACAGAGAUCAGCCGAAGGCUAGAAGUUUGGAAAGCCAUGCAGGCCCUCACUGGUCCCAAGAAUCUUUUUUCUCUUUCUCCAGACCCUGAGAUAAACAGCUCAAGCCUCCUCAGCACUCUGAGUCCUGCAGCCUGGGGCAGGGCCGAGGAAAGUGUGGUCCGGACCAAGAGGAUGGUGGGGCCUGUGGAAGUCAAAGAAGAAGAGAACUUCUUUUGUGGCCACCCUGAGAAGAGCCAUGCAAAGCUGGUGUUUGUGUCCACCUCUGGGGGAAGCCUGUGGAAUCUGCAAGCCAUCCAUUCCAUGUGUCGCAUAGAACAGGAGCAGAUCCGCUCUCACAUCAGCUUUGGGGCUCUGUGUCAGCGAUCAGCAGCCAAUGAGUGCUGCCCCAGCUGGUCCCUGGGCAACUAUCUGGCUGUGCUGUCCAACCGCUCCUCCUGCCAAGACACUACCCAAGCUGAUACAGACCGCACACUGGCCCUGCUACGGUUCUGUGCCACCUACUACCAUCGUGGUGUCCUGGUACCUGCUUGUGUGGGAUCUGGGCAGGACAAACCCCCAUUUUGUGCCCAAGUUCCCACCAAGUGUACCGGAAGCAGCAUUGUCUAUGAAUUUCUGCACUACCUGCUAGACAGAGACUUUCUGAGUCCCCAGACUGCGGAUUACCAGGUGCCCUCCCUCAAGUUCGCCCUGCUCUUCCUGCCCAUUAUAAAGACCUCCUCUCUUCUAGACAUCUACCUGGACGGCCUAGGUGACCCAAUUAAAGUCUCUGACAACUACACAUCUAUCAGUGGCAUGGACUUGGGCCUCAAGCCCAGACUGCUGAAGUACUACCUAGCCGAAGAUACCAUGUACCCCUUGCUAUCCCUGGUUGUCAUCUUCUUUGGCAUGUCCUUCUACCUGCGCUCACUCUUCAUCACGUUCAUGUCACUUCUAGGGGUACUGGGCUCCCUGAUGGUGGCCUUCUUCCUUUACCAUGUGGCAUUCCGCAUGGCCUACUUCCCCUUUGUCAAUCUAGCAUCUCUCUUUCUGCUUACUGGUGUCUGUGUCAAUUACACGCUUGUCUUCUUCGAUUUGUGGCGCCUCAGCAGGAGCCAGGUGCCCUCCGGGGGCCUAGCACACCGUGUGGGCCGCACCAUGCACCACUUUGGCUACCUGCUCCUGGUCUCAGGCCUUACCACCAGCGCUGCCUUCUACGGCAGCUACCUGAGCCGCCUGCCCGCACUGCGUUGCUUUGCUCUUUUCAUGGGUACCGCUGUACUAGUACACAUGGGGCUCACACUGCUCUGGCUUCCCGCCACCGUGGUGCUCCAUGAGCGCUACCUGGCACAUGGCUGUGUGGCUCAAGCGCAGGACCAGAGGGGUGGCAACGACCCCCUGCGGGUGAUGCUGGGGUUGCACAGACGGAUCUGCAUUCUUCGCAAGAUUGUUUCCAUCCUCUCGCGCCUGCUCUUCCAGCGCCUGCUGCCCUGUGGUGUCAUUAAGUUUCGGUACAUCUGGAUCUGCUGGUUCGCGGCGUUGGCGGCAGGGGGCGCCUACAUCGGCGGCGUCAGCCCUCGCCUGCACCUGCCUAUUCUACUGCCACUUGGAGGCCAGUUCUUCCGGUCUAGCCAUCCCUUUGAGCGCUUUGAUGCAGAGUACCGCCAGCAGUUCCUGUUCGAGGAUCUGCCUCCAAACGAGGGCGGCAACUUGCCAGUGAUUCUGGUGUGGGGAAUCUUGCCAGUGGACACUAGUGAUCCCCUGGACCCUCGCACCAACAGCUCAGUGGUAAGCGAUCCUGACUUCUCGCCUAGCAGCCCCGAGGCCCAGGAGUGGCUCCUGGCUCUCUGCCACGGAGCCCAGAAUCAGAGCUUCUUUGGAGACCAGCCAGAGGGUUGGCCUACGCUAUGUUUAGUGGAAGCCCUGCAGCAGUGGAUGGAGAGCCCCAGCUGUGGCCGUCUGGGUCCCGAUCUAUGCUGUGGCCAAUCAGAAUUCCCCUGGGCCCCCCAGCUUUACCUGCACUGUCUCAAGAUGAUGGCUCUGGAGCAAAGUCCUGAUGGCACACGUGACCUGGGACUCCGCUUCGAUGCUCAUGGCAACCUGGCAGCUCUAGUUCUGAAGUUCCAGACCAACUUACCAUACAGUACAGAGUAUGGCCCAGUACACCACUUCUACACUGAAAUCAGCCGCUGGCUGUCAACCGAGAUGAGCAAGGCACCUCCUGGCCUCAACCAGGGCUGGUUCACCAGCACCUUGGAGCUGUACAGCUUGCAGCAUAGUCUAAGCACAGAGCCUGCUGUGGUGCUUGGUCUGGCUCUGGCACUAGCCUUUGCCACACUGCUGCUGGGCACCUGGAAUGUUCCCCUCAGCCUGUUCUCUGUGGCAGCUGUGGCUGGCACCGUGCUGCUCACUGUGGGCUUGCUGGUUCUUCUUGAGUGGCAAAUCAACACAGCCGAGGCCCUCUUUCUCUCUGCCUCUGUGGGCCUCUCUGUAGACUUAACCAUUAACUACUGUAUCUCCUAUCACUUGUGCCCACACCCAGAUCGCCUGAGCCGCGUGGCCUUCUCCUUACGUCAGAUCAGCCGGGCCACAGCGAUGACUACUGGAGUGUUGUUUGCCUCUGGCGUGAUCAUGCUGCCUUCCACCAUACUGCUCUAUCGAAAGCUGGGCAUCAUCGUCAUGAUGGUCAAGUUCCUUGGCUGUGGCUUUGCCAGCUUCUUCUUCCAGUCCCUGUGCUGUUUCUUCGGGCCAGAGAAGAACUGUGGACAGAUCCUAUGGCCCUGUGCCCAUCUGCCGUGGGAUGCCGGGACUGAGGAUCCUGAUGAGAAGGGGCGAACAGGGCCACCAGGAUUCUCCGAGCACUAUGAGUUGCAGCCCCUGGCACGGCGCCGGAGUCCCAGCUUUGACACCAGCACAGCCACCAGCAAGCUUUCCCAUCGGCCUUCCAUACUCUCUGAAGACCUGCAGAUACACGAUGGUAGCUGCUGCCACCAGCACGCCCAAGCCCCUGUCUCCCCAAGGGAUCUGCUCCUGGACCACCAGACAGUCUUCAGUCAGUGUCCAGCCCUGCAAACCUCCUCUCCAUAUAAGCAGGCUGGUCCCAACCUCCAAACCUGGAUCAGGCAAGAUUCCCAGGGACAGAAAACUGAGCCCUUGCAGGCCCUGCCAGUGGGCCCUGCCCACUGCCCUCAGCCCAAAGUUGAAGAGCUCCCUGACGGGCUGUGCUCCUCGGCCAGCACCCUGGAGGGACUCAGCGUCUCAGAUGACACCUGUGCCUCUGAACCCAGUGUCCGUGUGCCAGAUUCUGUGGGCACCUCCCCAGAAGUCAUGAAUGGCACUGGACACCCCAUACUUGAACGGGGUCAGCUGAAUGGGAAGCGUGACACCCUCUGGCUGGCACUGAAGGAAACCAUCUAUGACCCAAACAUGCCCAAUUCUCACCACAGUAGCUUAUCCUGGAAGGGCCGUGGAGGGCCAGGUGAUAUCAGCCCUGUGGUGCUUCCCAACAGUCAGCCAGAUCUUCCAGAUGUUUGGCUCCGUAGGCCUAGCACCUACACCUCUGGCUACAGCAGCUGA